CGCGGCUACCUUUCAAGAUGGCGCAGCGAACUGUGAAGGCGACUAUUUUAUCGAUAGAAUUAUCAGAAACAUAAGCAUCACGCUGUUCAAAGAACAAUAACAUUUCUACCUGAUUAUGCUGCAAAGUUUCCUCCUUUUUACCCAAAACCCCGAGAAGUUCUCKGUUUUGAUAUUCUGAUUCUGUUGCUUUCCGGGCCUGCGUGAAAAAACCAAAAAUGCCUCCAAAAAAGAAAAAGUCGGGCAAGAAAAAGCUUGCAAAGAUGACUGAAGAGCAAAGACUUGUUUAUUUGGAACAGAAGCGCCUUGCUGAGGAAGAAAUGAGGAAAAAGAAAGAAGRCAUGUUAACACAGUUUCUGAAGGAUAAAUUAGCGAAAGAAGAAAAGAGUACGAAGUUUAACCUAAAUAAACUACAAAACCAAUGGCGAGUCAUCAUGAGAGAAGCCAAGUCUCAGGAGUUAAAGAAAGAUAUUGAAGUGCUCAGUCAGACAUUUGAGAGGGUGAUUGACAGAAAAGAGGCCAUAAUAAAAUCACUUGUGAAGGAUAUAGAAGAAGCUGAAGAACAAUACCAGAUGGCACUCAGAAGUCAUCUACAAAAUGAAGACAGAUUAAUAGAUCUUCAGCAGAGAAGAUUAAAGGAACAUAAAGAUGAAUUUAAUCAAGAACAAGAGAUUAUUAAGGUUGAAUUUGAUACAGAAAGAGAAAAGAUACAGAGUCAACAUAAGAAAGAAAUGCAUGAUAUUCAAGACAUCAUGUUUGCUAUGGAAGAGGAAUGGAAUGAGCAAGAAAGUGAAGCCAAGCAAGAUUUCCAAAGUCUUAGAGAUGAGAUCAAAAACAAGAACAUAGAAGAAAAACAUGCACUAAGGAUUCAGCUAGAAGGAACAGUGGAAGAUCUUUGGAGACAGUUCCAACAGGCACUGAAGAACUACAAUGAGACAACUGAAGAGAGAAAACUAGCAUUUGAAAAUUUGAAAGCAAAAGACGAGAAGAGUGCCAAAGAAAUAGAGACACAGAUGAGAAAACUACAAAGAAUACAGGACAACAUUUCUCAGAUCAAGGCUAAAAUGGCAUCCAACUCUAGAGAAUGUGAUGAAAGAAACAGAAUGAUCAAAGAUCAAAGAGAAGUUGUUGGAGUACAGUUUCAUGAGCUGAAAGCUGAAAUGAAUAAAAUGCGAGACACCGAAAGGUCACGUUUAACUCAACUAACCUUACAAAGUAAUGCUGCAAUCAAGAAGCUAAAAGUCAAACAUGAAAUGGGAGAAAGAAUAGUCAAAUUGGCUGAAAUGUGCCGUAAGCUCGAAACAGAACAAGAAAAGGUUCUUCCUUUCUACGCUUCAUCAUUAUCACCAGAAGAAGAAGAUGACGUGGCAGCCGCUGUACAGGAGGCACCUUCUGAAGCUUUGGCCGAGAUCCUGCAUGAGUAUUCUUCGCUUGAAAACUUCUGGAAGAGAUAUAAUAAGGUUUUACUCGAUAAGCUCGCUCUGGAUAAGGAAAAACACUCGUUAUUACAAGAGAAUCAACAGUUGAGAGCGAUUCUGAAACAAUACCUCGAUGGUAUCUCGGUGAAUGAUGAGAUUCUCAGCACACACAACCCAUUGUUCAUCGUUAACAAUAAAACCAACGUUAAGUUAUCAGUGCCUGUAGUGGACCCUCGUGUAAAGCGCUCCGGGCCCACAGUAGUAGAGGCUGCACAUGUCGUCAAACAUGCUAUAUAACUGCAGACAUUAUAGGUCUAACAUUUGUAUAUAGCUUGUUUUUGUGUUCAUCUUACAUUGUAAAUACUGGUUGUCGCAAUAAACUAAUAUAAUAAUUAUCCGAUACACAUAAAGUUAGGUUUAAUCCACGGGUGUAGAAUCAGUGGACCAUUUCGGCAAUUUUACUUUUCAAUUAAAAUACCAAAAACUUUCGUCAAAACUGGCAUGUUUUUCGAGAUUUCACAUUUUAUUCGUAACAUACAUGCAAGAUGGAAGACCAGAAAAUUAAAGGACCCUUUACUUGAAUAAUUUCUAGAAGUGUCAAACUAAGAAAAGCCUUGUGUUUUUCAUGCGCCGCCGAUUUAUGAUGAAGAAAAAACCCAGACAAACGA